ACGCCUCCUGAUCCCCUCCAUUCAUCUGAAUGGCCGCAUUAAUUGCCACAUUCUCUGUCUGCACAUGGCCCACUGUCACAUUGGAGGACUCCAGCAGCGCCUUGAUUAGCUGCUCUGGUGUCUGUGGCUCGUCCUCCGCAUUGACAGCGCAUUUAUGUGUGCGCAACGAGACCUUGUAGCGAAAUGUCUUCUGGCAGUGCUCACAUUUGUAGGGCAUGACGCCAGUAUGAAUGCGUGUGUGUACCAGAAAGGAGACGCGUUGCCGAAAACAUUUACCUGUGCGUGUAGAGACAUUUUUGGCGGUCGCCCGUGGACCUGCAGCUGACCAUCGGAUCGCAAGGCUUAUAAAAGCUUACGUAAGAGCAUGGAGGCUUUUGAUGAAGUUGGACGAGAAUUGCUCUGAAUCCUACAGGACGAGCACUUUCAUACCCAAGCUGCAGAUCGAGCUAAAGGACACAUCCACACGGGGAUUCGCCCAGUCUGUUCUUGAAUUGGGGCGUCUUCUUCUUCUCUGCUCUCUUCAACGCACCAUCGUCCUGGAGACAGUGGCAUCUGAAUAUCUGACCAAUCAGCAGCUUAAGCACGUUCCUAUCGACAAGUCUUAGUCCAAUAAGAACCGUAGGAUAAGGACAGUAGCUCUAAGUUUUCUAUUUAUUUGAUUAAUUAUUUAUGUUAGUGCGAAAAAAACAAAGUAUUA